UCAGCCAACUCUCAGGCUCCUCUCUUUUAGAUAACCCAACCCGUCAAUAACAGCGAGGAUGUGCGAUCCCAACAACCCAAAUAUUAAGGAACGAACUACACCCCAAUGGGGACUCUUGCAACGAGAGAUGUUCUGGGCUCCGAACGAGAGACAAUUCCCACCGUUCAAUUCCGAGCCGGAUAAGCUGAAAGCCAAGGCACAGGAAAGGCUUACACAGGCCGGCUGGUACUAUUCGUCAUGCAACGCUGGUAUCAACUGGACCCAUUACGCCAAUCGCACAGCGUUCUACCGUCACCAGAUCAUCCCUCGAAUGCUUAUCGACACCAAUGCACGCGAUUCGGCCACAACGCUGUUUGGACACAAGCUUGCCGCGCCAAUUGGGUUUGCUCCUAUCGGCAUCAACCGAAUCUACCACCCCACAGGCGAGAUCAGCGUGGCACAUGUCGCGCGCGACCUUAAUCUCCUCUACUGCCUUUCUUCGGCAGGGAGCUACAGCAUCGAAGAUGUGGGAGAAGCCAACGGCCAAGGAAUCCGUUUCUUCCAGCUCUAUCAGAGCCCUGACGAUGAGCAAGCCCUCUCGAUGCUCCGAAGAGCACACGCCAGUGGUUUCCAAGCACUCAUGCUUACCACCGACACAUGGCAAUUGGCGUGGCGGCAUAACGAUGUUGACAUGGGCAAUUAUGCAUUCUACCACGAGCAUGCCGUUGGGGACAUUGGGUUGAAUGACUCGGUUUUUCUACAGCGCCUCAAAGAGGCAGGCAUUGAUCCGGACAAGGAACCCAAGAAAGCUGGUGCCAAGUGGAUGGAUGAGAAUAUCUGGCAUGGGCACUCUCAUACGUGGGCCAAGAUGCCCUGGCUCAUGAAGCACUGGCGGAGUAUUUCGGGAGGGAAACCAUUCUGCCUCAAAGGCAUACAGAGCGUCGCCGAUGCCAAGAAGGCCGUCGAGCUAGGGGUCGACGGUAUUGUCGUAAGUAACCACGCUGGAAGACAGGUCGACGGAGCCAUUGCUAGUCUUGACGCGUUGGAGAAGAUCGUCGACGCUGUAGGAGACAAGAUCGUUGUCAUGUACGACUCGGGGGUCCGCACUGCUGCGGAUGUUUUCAAGGCACUGGCACUUGGUGCAAAGUUCGUUUUCAUCGGCAGGCUCUGGGUUUGGGGUCUCGGAAUUGCAGGAGAGACUGGUGUCGACCACGUUAUCCGCGCGCUCCUGGCCGAGUUCGACAUACUACAGGAAUGUUCUGGUUAUCCCAAGGUCGACGACAUCAACCGGGACGCCCUAGACAGCCUGCCCCGGGUCGCCAUCAUGCCGUCCUCGCCGACCAUAACAUGAUCUGGAUUCUCUUAAACGGUGUCGGUUUAUUUUGUGCGUCUUACCUGCGAAGACAGAACCUCCGUUCGCCCACACUCAUCCGACUUGUUGACAAACUUGUUUUUUCUGCCCUGUGGAUAUUGGACCCCGGGGUAAUAACGACGAUACAGGCCUUCAACAGGGCUGUAUUGGCAAGCAUUGAUCGGAGCGCAAUGCAAUUCACAAC